UCUUUUGAGAAGUCUUUCAUUUCUCCAAACAGGGUUCUCAGUGUUUGUGACAGGAGCAGCUAGGGGAAAGGUGGAGCUUCCGGCGACGUGUAAACAUUUGGCCGGAAUUCUCAAGUUCUUCAUGUUCUGAAUCCAAAGAAUAUAAAUAUAAUGUCUUCCUCAUCCCCUGACACUGCUCCGUCUUCAGAUUCUGGUAACAAUGACAACAAUAGUGAUGAUUAUGGAGAUCCAUCGCAAAGCCCUCCAUCACCUCCACCACCAGAUCAUCAGACGGCGGAUCCUAAUGACGAUCCAUUUGUGAAUUCUCCACCACCGCCUGACCAGAACUCUUCGGGUUCCAAUAAUUCCGACUCUGGUUCGUCGUCGGGUUCCAAUUCCGAUUCUGGUUCAUCGAACAAAGGUUCUUCUGGUGGUAAAUCCCCAUCUCCAUCUUCAGGUCCUUCACCGAACAAUGGUAAAUCGUCGAAUUCUGGUUCAUCCUCCUCUGAUUCGUCGUCAUCGUCAACGCCUAAUUUAACACCAAAAUCUUCCGGUGGGAACAAGCAGUCGCCUCCUGCACUCCCAGAUUCCAGCGAAAAAAGCAGCGGCGACAAAAAUGGCGACAGCAGAGCAAUCAUCGGAGCCGCCGUUGGUGUGGGGUUUCUUCUUCUUAUAAUGAUCGUCGUCUGUGUCAUUUGUUGCAGAAAGAAGAAGCGAAAGCAUAGGUAUUACUAUAGCGAUGAUGGCAAACCCGGCAAAUCUGCUAGUGGAUAUUACAACAGAGGGCAGAACCCGAAUAACUGGCACCCAGGUGGGAAUGACCAUGUUGUGAGGAUGCAGCAAUCACCGGGCAUGGGUACGGGCAUGGGUCCGGAUAGUGGUGGGUGGGGCCCAGUUCCUCCGCCUCCUCCACCGCACAGCACUGACAUGAGUUCCAAUUACUCACUGGGGCCACCGCCCCUGCCUCCGCCAUCCCCAGGGCUGUCAUUAGGGCUGAACUGUGGCACCUUCUCUUUUGAAGACUUGGCUGCUGCAACGGAGGGCUUUGCUGAUAAGAAUCUGAUAGGACAAGGAGGUUUUGGUUACGUGCAUAAGGGUGUUUUGCCUAAUGGAAAAGAAGUUGCAGUGAAGAGCCUGAAAGCUGGCAGCGGCCAAGGAGAGCGUGAGUUCCAAGCUGAGAUUGAAAUCAUUAGCCGUGUUCAUCAUCGCCAUCUCGUCUCGCUUAAUGGCUACUGUAUUGCUGGUGGACAACGAAUGUUGGUUUAUGAAUUUGUUCCCAACAAUACCCUUGAGCAUCACCUUCAUGGAAAGGGUCUGCCAACCAUGACUUGGCCUGAUAGACUGAGAAUUGCAGUAGGAUCUGCCAAGGGGCUUGCAUACCUUCAUGAAGACUGUCAUCCUCGAAUUAUCCACCGUGAUAUAAAAUCUGCUAAUGUCCUACUUGAUGACAGCUUCGAAGCCAAGGUGGCUGAUUUCGGAUUGGCCAAGUUGACUACUGAUAAUAACACUCAUGUCUCAACUCGAGUCAUGGGAACAUUCGGGUACUUGGCUCCGGAAUAUGCGUCAAGUGGAAAAUUGACUGAGAAGUCUGACGUGUUCUCUUUCGGAGUGAUGUUAUUAGAACUUAUGACGGGGAAGCGACCGAUAGAUAUCCAAAAUAUGAUGGAUGACAGUUUAGUGGACUGGGCUCGACCACUUCUGGCAAGGGGGCUAGAGGAUGGCAACUUUGAAGAGCUAGUGGAUCCGUUCUUGGAAGGCAAUUACAAUAACCAGGAAUUGUCUCGCAUGGCUGCCUGUGCUUCUGCCAGUAUUCGUCAUUCUGGCAAGAAACGUCCAAAAAUGAGCCAGAUUGUAAGAGCACUGGAAGGAGAUGUGUCACUGGAAGACUUGAACGAUACAAGGGCAGGGCAUAGCCAUCUUCUGGCAUCUUCAUCGAGCUCAGACUACGAUUCAAGUGCAUAUCAGGCUGAUAUGAAGAGGUUCAGACAGAUAGCUCUGGCGAGCCAGGAAUUUGGGAGCAGUGAAUCAAGCGGUGAAAUGUCUCAGCUUCACCAGAUUCCAAAGCAACACCUUUAGGCCAUUUUGCUGACGGUUAAUCAAGCAAGGACAAGAAGAGAUCCACCCAUUGCUUCAACUUUUCAAGAGCGCGCCUUAGAGAAAAAGAUUCUUUAGUAGACUGUGUUUAUUUAAAUAAAAUAAACUAAUACCACAAAAAAAAAAAAUCAAUCAUUUGGAGCUGCCACAUUGGUGGUAAAUUGAGGGACUGAUUGCAUGAUCAUGAUUUCAUUGAAUUAAUUUACAUUCUUUUAAUUAGA